GACGCCGAUGACGGCUACUUCAUCGGCGCCCGCGUCCUCGCCUACCAGCUCCUCCACUCCAAAACCGCCGGAACCAACUCCUCCAUCCCCUUCCUCGUAGUCUGCACCCUCGACGUCUCCAAACGCAAGCGGGACCGCCUCAAAGCCGACGGCGCGACCGUAAUCGUCAUUGAAAAACUCGACCCAGCAUGGGUCACAGCCGCCAAUCCCCGCUGGCGGGACGUCAUGUCCAAACUCCGCCUCUUCCAACUCGUCGAAUACAGUAAAAUCUGCUUCAUCGACGCCGACACCCUCGUCACCGCUCCUCUCGACGGCGUCUUCUUCGACGAAGCAACCCUCACCCAAGCCACCGGCAACACCCCGGACAAAAUCCUCCCCGACGAAGCCCCCCUCCCCCGAACCUACAUGUUCGCCACCCACUCCGACCUCUGGGGCUACGACCACGCCUUCCCCCCACCCCCCUCAAUGGACUACCUCAACUGCGGUUUCUUCGUCUUCACGCCCUCCCUCCCCUUAUUCGCCUACUACAUCUCCCUCUUAUCCCUCCCCGGACGUUUCGACGCGGGAUUCCCAGAGCAGAAUUUACUAAAUUACGCGCAUCGAAGGGAGGGCAAUAUGCCCUGGCAACCGCUCUGGUAUGGAUGGAAUGUCAACUGGCCGACGGCGAGGGAUUGGAGGGGGGGAGCGAGGAGUUUUCAUGCGAAGUAUUGG